AUGGCUUCCCCCGGACUACGACAGUCCGUUCGCGACGUGACCCUUUAUUUGGUUUACCUGAUCUUCAUCUCCACAUUAGGACCCCUCCAAUUUGGAUACCAUCUCUCGGAACUUAACGCUCCUCAAGAUGUUAUUACCUGCAAAAACACCUCCAACGUCGACGAGCUUGGCUCGAAGCCCGACUCCAAGCUUCCCCAAUGUAUCCCCAUGAACGAGGUCGAAUUUGCCGCCCUGUCUUCCAUGUUCGUUCUGGGUAGCUUCAUCGGCGCCAUCACUUCAGGUCCGAUUGCUGGGUCCUAUGGCAGGCUGCUCGCUAUGAGAAUUACAAGUGUCUUCUUCGUCGUGGGCUCUGGUCUGGCAACCUUGUCUGGCUCAGUGCCUAUGCUGUCCGGCGGCAGAUUUCUGGCUGGUAUCGGGGCAGGCGCCUCGACCGUCAUUGUGCCGAUUUACAUCUCGGAGGUUGCGCCACCGAAAGAGAGAGGGCUGUUUGGAUCCAUGACACAGGUUACCAUCAAUAUUGGCAUCUUGAUCACACAGAGUUUGGGAUACUAUCUCAGCAAAGACUCGCUAUGGAGGAUCAUACUGGCGGUUGGAGCUGGGCUUGGCCUGAUGCAGGGCAUAGGAUUGUGCUUUGUGCCAGAGAGUCCAGCAUGGCUUGCAUCUCACAAAAAUCCGCAGCAAGCUGUUCGAACUCUUCAGCGUAUCCGGGGCCACGGGUCCUCUAUCGCUGAGGAGAUCGAAGACUGGGAUGUUGACAGGGACGUUCCCGAACAGGAGAGGCUUUUGGUUGACUCCGAGGCCCGAGGGAGACGUCCUUCCAUCACAAGCAGAGCCUUUUCCAAGUCUGUGGCACAUGUCGGAUUCUUCCAAGUGAUACGAGAUCCUUUCUACCGGCCUGCGAUCAUUGCUGUCAUCGGUAUCAUGUGCGCGCAGCAACUUUGCGGUAUCAACAGCAUCAUGAUGUACUCGGUUUCACUUCUUCACGGCGUGUUGCCCAUCACCUCCUCCCUACUCACCAUCAUGAUCUCGCUUGUCAACCUCUUCACGACCGUAGCAUGCGCUCCAUUGCCGGAUAAGAUUGGCCGUAAGGCUUGCUUGCUCCUUUCAAUCUCUGGAAUGGGAACCAUGUCGCUUGUUCUGGCUCUAGCCCUACGCUGGGAGUUCAAAUUUCUCUCUGCAAUCUCGGUGCUCUUAUUCGUUGCCUUCUUCGCCGGUGGUCUCGGUCCUGUACCAUUCAUGAUGGCCAGCGAGUUGGUGGGCACAGAAGCUGUCGGUGCAACCCAAAGCUGGGCUCUGGGGGCAAACUAUGUCGCCACUUUCCUUGUGGCCCAGUUCUUCCCUAUACUGAACACCUUCUUGAAUGAGAGGUUUGGCGGGAAGGGCUGGGUUUAUUUCAUUUUUGCCGUACUGGCCGCGGCUUCCUUUGUGUUCGUCAGCUGGAAAGUGCCCGAGACAAAGGGGAAAAAAGACCCUGAUGAGGUGUGGGGGCGGACCCGAAGAGCGGAUUGA